CUAUACCUGGCAAAUGAAAUUUUGCUCGGCAUCCAUAGGGUUUCUUUGAGCUAAUCGACCAAAUUAUUUCGUUAUAUUUUUGUACAGACAUGGACCUGGAUAGGACGGUACCUUCCAACACGAACUUGGCGCGCAGCAUCAGCGAGAGCGGGGCGGAACGGGACUACGGCAAGUCGGAUGCAGAUGCGGAAUCGGCCUCCUUGCGCAACUUGUUGUCGGCCAGCAGUCCUGUGGCGCAGUAUCCUACGAUGGAGUCGCUGAGUGACGAGCAAAUCAAUCAAAUACCCGGAUUCUAUGAGAAUCUAGCGUGUGACUUGCAUUGGGAGGACAAAGACUUGGUCGCGAGUGCUAAGAUCUCGGCAGAGGAGGUGGGCGGUCGACUGCUCUACAAUCGACUGCUGGACGAGGAUGAGGCACGAAAGGAGCGCAACUAUAACGAAUACUGCCGCCUGAUGCACUCCCAUUGGCAACGCUCCCAGUCCCUGCCAUCGGGCCCAGCCAGUGGGAGGGAGACGCUGCGCAAGGGCAUGAGCAGCGACAUGAAUGUGCUCCUGAAGCGGGACCCCAAGUGCGUGCUGGACAUUUCGCGCUCGCCCAUCCCUUGUCCGCAGUGCGGGCGUGUGAUCAGCCCGUCGGCCAUACUCCAGCACUUCGUGUCCUGCCACACGGACACGGGCCACGUGCGCUUUGUGGAGUUGUUCGAGCGACACCGGUUUGUGGAACUGUUGGCCCCGCUGCGCAUGCGAUUUCGCGAGAACAUUGCGCUUACUUUGUACGCCUAUGGCGGGCCGAAGGGACAGCCGGAAAAGUCGCUGAUCAAGCGGCAUUUGGCUUUGCCGAACGCCCCGCUGCAUGGCCGCUAUGCGAGCUUCCGUUUCCACACACCCAUCGUCCUUAUGGCCUGUCGCACAUCGUGGGCCGCGGUGCUGGGAGAUGGUCAGUUCGACGACACGAAUGCGGCCAGUCGCCAGGAAAAGGACGACCUCUGGGUGGUGUGGGCGCUCUCGGCUCAAAUAAUUAAGCCGCUCUACGUCACCUUGACGGUGCACGACAAGUUUCUGAACGAGGCGGUGAGUCGGACGGUGCGCGUGCGCACCACCUCGCAGAGUCAAAGGUGCACUGACUUCCUGGGCAAGGACUUCAAUUACCUGCACCUGAGCUACGAGAAUGUGCGGGCCUUGACGCACAACUUCUGCCAUCGCCUGCGCCUGGAACUGAUUGUCACCGAGUUGGACCAAAAGGCGAAGCAUUGCAAAAAGCAGGCGAAGAAGCGCAGCAAGAGGAAGUAAGCGCCAGCUGCCCAUCUUAAUUUUAUGAUCUUAAAAAAAUUGCUUAAAAAAAUUGUUAAUAAAUGUUUUCGGCUAAGCAGCUAA